AGUCGUGCUGCAUUACCAAUUAUAGUCUGUUUUCUGUGAUUGUCGACGAUAUCGGAUUAUGUUCGACACAUGUUGAUUUGUUGUUUUUAGAAUUGUUAUAUUAUAUAUGUAUAUAAGUCAUGCAUUGUGUAUUAUAAAAUAAUUUAUGUCUCGAGAUAACGAGGUCGCACGGAGACACGUGCGAAUGUAAAUACAAUUAUGGCCUCGUUGUACGUAAAUCGCACGGUUAACGAUUCCACAGCACAAUUUUUCUCCAUUAUUGAAAGAUUGCUAUCGUUAACUAGUACAAAACUCAGCGAGAAGAAGCAGCUCAAUGCAUGCCUAAAUGAUCUGAACGAAUUGGAUUACAGAUGCCUGAAUAUUGUAAAUAAUGAUGCAGUUCUAUUGCUAGUGAAUCAACUUUGCGCAAUUGUUCAACCUGUGGAAACGUCUUUAGUCCAAAAUGUUUGCAAAUUUUUACAUAAUUUAACUCAAAGUAAUAUCAAGCUCCAAGGCCAGACAUCUGCGACUUGCAGACAAUGGAUCUUAAAAGCACUGGAAUUUUCUGAUCCAUUAGCGCAAGUUGAUGUGUUAAUCGCCAUAAGAAGUUUCUUACACAACGGUUAUUUUGAUGAUGUUAAUCAUCAUGACUGUAUAAAAUUGUUACUCAGUAAUAAGGCUUUGAUGUGGCAUUUGAAUCCAGCAUACAAUCCAUGGUCCGAGAUCAAUUUCCAUGCACUUGAGUGUUUGGAAGAACUUGUAAAGAAAGGUAGCAAUUGCCUAUCGAAGGAAUGUACACACUUGAUAAAAGAUAUAAUUUUCAUGAUUCUAUCACUCCUGCCGUAUCGAGAAGAUUACAGGCUCUAUUACAGUAAAGUCGUGCAUUUGUGUUUGCGCAUCUUGCGCGAUGUGAUGCUGGAGAAUUCCAUUUCCAAUUCGUCCCAUCUCGUCGGUGAAAUACUGGGAGUGGUGCAGGCAUUCCUGUUUUACGGCAUUAAGGAUUACGCCGUCAUGGCGCCGCAGUUACUUCGUCCCGCGGCGAUGAAUCUUCCGGAGCGCGUGCACGUAGUUCCAAAGUGCAAGAACCUGAAAAAUCACAGGGCAAAGCCAAGGAAGAACGCCAAGAAAAAUACGUCCGACGUGAGAAAUAGCGCCGUUCCGGAGCACCUUGGAAUCGCGAAGUAUUCUAGCGAUUCGGACACGUCGGACACGGAGAUCAAUAAUUCCGUUCACAUCGAGUCAAAAGUGAGACUAGAAGCCGUACGUUUGAUGCAGGCCCUCGUCGAGAUUACCCAGAGCCGAGAGAUUUUUGGGUACUGGCCGCAGAUCAUAGCUACCGGCUCGCGAAGCGACGCGCGAGUACUGACGAGAAGCAUACUGGUGGACCCUGUGUCGAAAGUUACGCAAAAUGUACUAAGCACGUUAACCGAAUUGCUAGUAGGCGCCAGAUCGUUUCUCAUACACGCGGAAGAGACCAAUCAUACCUCUUUCAUCACGUUUUUCGGCACGGUAUGCCUAAUGAUCAAGGAACUGCAUUUCACGUUAUCGUUGAUCCUGCUGACCGAGAAGAAUGUGGCUGUGUUGACGCACGCGUUGAAAUGCACGGCGGCUCUUGUGGAAGGCACGCCGUACGAGCGAUUGAAGCCAGGUCUGGCUACCAAGCUAGUAAGGAAUUGCAGAUUAUAUCUGGUUCAUAAAGAUCCAACCGUACGAGUUGCGGCACUGUCCGUUUUCGAAGCGUUCGCUGCAAGCGAAAAUAUCACUCAAGAAGUAUUAAACAUAUUAGCUAAGCAAGCUGCGGAUGGUGAAAAAUCACAGCCAGAUGUUUGUUCCACCAGCGAUAUUGGAACGGAGGAAGAAGAGAUAGACGUCGAGGACGUCGACGAUUCAACGGACAGCCUUGACAAGAUUAAAACGUCGAGAGACGAGAGCGUUUGCUUGUUAAUUCGUGUUUGCCUAGAAAAUAUAUCGAACAAGACGAUUAGUACGCCUGUACGACUUCAAUCUUUAAAGCUCGUGGGGAGAUUGGCAUUCAAUACGAGGAACCUCGUGUUUCCUCACUUGGAGAAGGUGACCACGACGUUGAUCGCAGUUAUGGACGAAUCAGAGAGCCAAGUGGUACUGCACGCGUGCCGAGUGCUGGAAAUUAUGUCCGGCUGUCUCGCGAAGACGGAGAUUCAUCAUAGCGACGGUAUUUUAUUCUGGAACAUUAUAUUUGAAUCGAUGGUAUCACUUGUGCAGACACCCGAGACUAUACUGCGAGAAGCCGCUUGCGAUUGCCUGGGUAGCAUAGGUGGAAACGUGUUCACACAGUUAUCGAGGCAGAAAACCAUAUUAAUAAUCACAAUAUUAUUUGGAGCGGUCCGUGAUGAAGAGAGUGCCGUGAGGGCUGCUGGAUUACGUGCACUGGGAAUGUUAGUAACUUUGUCGGCACUGGAAGACGACACCGGUUUUCUCAUGGAUCUAGUCGACAUAGUUUGCUUGGCUUCCGACGACAAAAACCUCGGUGUUCGCGUGAAAAGCACCUGGAUGCUGGCAAACUUGUGUGACUGUCUCUCUAGACAAAAACACCACGAAGAAAUAGAGCCGUUUCCUUUAGAAGUUGUGUUACCUAAACUGUAUCAUGUAAGCGUCAAGGCUGCAAAGGACAGCGAUAAAGUGAAGUGCAACGCUGUUCGGGCAAUGGGAAGUAUUUUACACCUGUGUUCAUCGAAGCACAUACGCUUCGACACGACUUUAGGCUUGGAUGCGUUUAUCAAAUGCGCCGUUUCAGGGAACGACAUGAAAGUACGAUGGAACGCUUGUCGAGCUUUAGGCCUAGUUCUUAGCCAAGAUCCAGACGCGAUAUUACCGCCUUCGUGGAGGGAUCAAGUAUUCCCAAUGCUCUCAACUCUGAUAUGCGACAGUCCUAACUUUAAGGUGCGCACGAAUGCUGCUUGGGCAUUGUUUUCUUGCAAUUGCUACGGCAAGUAUACUGUAAUGUUGUGGAAGAGUAUCGUGCUGGCGUUUGAGAAUGCUCAGCAUGUGCCAAGCUACGUUGAAUAUUCGCAUCGAGACGCACUAAUUCAACAAUUGUGCCUUACUCUCAGCCAUGUUGCUGCCUGCACUGAACAAUCUGAGCUGCAGAACCUCUGGAUUGAGAUUGGCGAUCACGUGGAAGAAAUCUCCAAUUUCAUGAAACAAUUUCAGGAAACUAUUUUGCCUGAAAAGCUGGACGAUUUGAUUAAAGCGAAAGCUCGAUUGGAACAAUAUGAAAAGAACGCACGUUCCAGCGAAGAAAGAAAAAUCGCUCAGUCUCUGGCGAAUAUAUUCGAGAGAACUAACCGCUAUGAUAAUUUAGAUGCCAUAAUGCCUGCAGUGUAAUUUAUUACAGAUUACAUUUACCGAAAUUGCUUAUAAAGCUGAAAAUAAAGAACAUAUUUCUCAUC